CUGCGCGCCGCCGUACAAACGCGGCUCCCCCCGCCCCGCGCUCCCCCCAACAUGGCCGCCCCAGCGGCGCCCGUCUCGGCCCGCCUCGGCCCGCCGGCGCCCCCGCCGCCCGCCGCCCGCCGCCGGCCGUAGGCAGCCGCGGCGCCGCGAGGCGGCCGCCCCGCGGGGAGGCGGAGGGAGCCGCGGGGGCUCCAUGAGGGGCUGGGGCUGCCCCAGGCCGGGCCUGCCCAGGCCGCUGACUCCUCCCUUGGGGAAGGGGGGUGCGCUGGGGCCGCCUCCGCCGCCGCCCGCCGGGGCCGGGGCCGCCGCCGCCUCCGCCGCCGUGUGACUGGAGCGCGGGCGGGUGGCUGCGGCGCCGCUCGGAGCCGCGGGCGCGGCGGGCCCCGACACCUGCCCUGCGGGAGCGGCCCGCCCGCCGGCGGCCGCGAUGUUUUCCCUCAAGCAGCCCAAACCCACCUUCAGGUCCUACCUUCUGCCGCUGCCGCAGGCUGAUGACCAUAUAGCUUCAGAACCCAGGAUUAAAAAACUGGAACCAGUACUUUUGGCAGGUGAAAUUGUGGUAAAUGAAGUCAAUUUUGUGAGAAAAUGCAUCGCAACAGAUACAAGUCAGUAUGACCUGUGGGGCAAAUUGGUUUGUACUAACUUCAAGAUUUCCUUUAUUACGGAUGACCCUAUGCCAUUGCAGAAAUUCCAUUAUAAAAACCUUCUUCUUGGUGAGCAUGAUGUCCCGCUAACAUGCAUUGAGCAGAUUGUCACAGUAAAUGACACCAAGAGGAAGCAAAAGGUCCUUGGUCCCAAUCAAAAACUUAAAUUUAAUCCAACAGAAUUAAUCAUUUAUUGCAAAGACUUCCGUAUUGUCAGAUUUCGCUUUGAUGAAGCGGGUCCUGAAAGUGCAAAAAAGGUGUGCCUUGCAAUAGCUCAUUAUUCUCAGCCAACAGAUCUCCAGCUCCUCUUCGCAUUUGAAUAUGUUGGGGAAAUAUAUCAUAAUCCAGCAAAGAGGGUGAAUGGAAUAGACCCAGGAGGUGGUGGCGGUGGCAGCAUCAGCAGUGCCAGUGGUCAGCAGACACCUUUGUUUGAAACUUACUCUGAUUGGGAUAGAGAAAUCAAAAGAACAGGUGCAUCAGAGUGGAGAGUUUGUUCAGUCAAUGAAGGUUAUAUGAUAUCUACUUGCCUUCCAGAAUACUUUGUGGUCCCAUCUUCCUUAGCAGAUCAAGACCUUAAGCUAUACUCUUACUCUUUUAUUGGGAGACGAAUGCCUUUAUGGUCCUGGAAUCACCCUAAUGGGAGUGCUCUUGUCAGAAUGGCCAACAUUAAAGAUGUAUUGCAACAAAGGAGGAUUGAUCAAAGGAUUUGUAAUGCAAUAACUCGAAGCCAUCCCCAGAGAAGUGAUGUUUACAAGUCUGAUUUGGACAAGUGUCUCCCCAGCAUCCAGGAAGUCCAGGCUGCACAUAUCAAACUCAAACAGCUGUGUGUUAAUGAGCCUUUUGAAGAAACAGAAGAGAAGUGGCUGUCCUCACUGGAAAAUACUCAUUGGUUGGAGUAUAUCAGAUCAUUUCUUAAGCAUUCUGCUGAGCUGGUGUAUAUGAUGGAAUGUAAGCAUGUUUCCGUAGUUCUACAAGAGGAAGAGGGACGGGACCUGAGCUGUCUCGCUGCUUCUCUCAUUCAAGUCAUGCUGGAUCCCUAUUUUCGGACAAUUGUUGGAUUUCAAAGCUUAAUACAGAAGGAAUGGGUCAUGGCAGGAUACCAGUUUUUAGAUAGGUGUAACCACUUAAAGAGAUCUGACAAAGAGUCUCCUUUGUUCUUGAUGUUUCUCGACUGUGUUUGGCAGCUGCUAGAACAAUACCCAGCAGCCUUUGAGUUUUCUGAGAUGUACUUGACCAUAUUGUACGACAGCGCACGUAUCUCAUUGUUCGGCACUUUCCUUUUCAAUUGUCCACAUCAACGAGUAAAGGAAAGCACAGAAUUUGCCAUAAGCAAAAACAUCCAACUGGGUGAUGAGAAAGGGCUCAAAUUUCCUUGUGUUUGGGACUGGUCUCUUCAGUUUACAAGCAGGGAUCGUCUGCUCUUUCACAACCCUUUGUACAUUGGAAAGAGCGCACCGUGUGUACAAAAUGGAGCUGUGAAAACUUUUAAACGCUCAAAGAAAAACUAUAGCUCAACCUUGAGAGGUGUCCCCCCAGCAUUAAAGAAUGGAAUCAUCAGUGAGCAAGAGUUCCUUCCAAGAAGAAACUCUUUGAUACUAAAACUGAAACCAGACUUUUUGCAGCAAACAGAGAGUCAGAGUAACAGCAUGGAACAGUACUUCAGAGACUGGUUUGCAAAGCCCGUUGAUCUGCAUGGUGUAAUUCUACCCCAUAUCUCUGGAACACAAAUAAAACUGUGGAAACUGUGCUACUUCCGCUGGGUUCCUGAGGCCCAAAUUAAUCAUGGUGGCUUCAUCACUGCUUUCCAUAAAGUCUCUUUGCUGGCCGAUGAAGUAGACAUGUUAAACAGGAAUCUUCGACAAUACAAAAGCAACUCUUCUUUGCAAGGUAACUGCUCGGAACUGGAUCACAGCAGGAUGUACUUCAGAGCAAAUGGUUUGAAUGACACUUCUGGGGCUCCAGACUUUCUCUCCUCCUCAUUCCCGUUUUCUCCUAUAGGGAACCUAUGCAGACGGAGCAUUCUGGGAACACCUUUAAGCAAAUUUUUAAGUGGUGCCAAGAUCUGGCUAUCCACUGAGACACUUGCAAAUGAAGAUUAAGAUGAUGUGAGGCUUUAAAGGUUUGGGGAGAAUACAGCAGAUCAUUUUGUCUUUUCUAAGUUAACACUGCUAAAUGCGGCAUUGGAAGCUGUAAUAAUUUUAUAUACGAAUAUUACAUAAGUUUUGCACAAAUAUUUAAAAGCAAAGCAAAUCAUGCUUCAAAUCGCACAAUUUUGUCUUCAGUAGUUCUCAUCUACAUGUCUUGUCUGGUUUCUGGUCCCUAAAUCUUUUUAUAUAUUCUCGGUUUGGCUUAUUUUAUGAGAUGGAGCAUUUCAUUUGCUAAUUGAAAGAAAAGCUUCGUGUGGUCAUUAAUGAGGGUUGUGUUUGAAAUAACUGUUUUCUCAGAUUGUGACUGAAGUGAAUCUUGUGUCAAAACAGAUUAGCAAAUCAAAGUAGAGUUAGGUGUAGUGGACACAGAUUGACAGCAGAAAUCUGGGAACUAUUUUAUCAGGUUUUCUUUUCAGGAAGAGUACAUACAUGUAUACGUACAUACUAAUUUUCUGUGACUUGAUCACCCUACAAACAUGUUAAUGUAGUGUGUGCAUCCAUAGGGUUUUUUUGUUCCCUUUUCUUUCUCUCCCCAAAUGUAUCCACUAGCAAUUAGUCAGAUAUCUUGCUCUUCGUCAGGAGCUUGCCUUUAGGUCAUAGGAAUCAACUUCAGGACAAUGCACUGUUAACCUUAAAACAUUUUCUGUAGAUAAUGGUAUUAUAGUAGCCUUAGAAGUGCCUUUGAGAAGAAACAGUAGCAAGAACACUCUAAUGCAGCUGAAGGAAAAAAACCCAACUUUUAAAAAUAGAUUGUUACGUUAAGGUCUUGUUCCACCUUCACCUCCCCCUCCACAUUUCUGCAAAUAACAGAAGGCCAGCUCAAGAGAGAGCAGGUUUGCUCUCUAAGAUUAAGCUUGUUUGUAAGUCUCAUGAGUGCCUCACUUUUUUGUUUAAGCACCUCAAAUACCCAGCAUUAUAUCCCUGCACAGAUCCUGAUUCCCCUGACCCUCUCCUCAUUCUAGAGUAGGAUAAAGUCGCUUUCAGCAGGAUUCGUACUUGAGCCCUGCUGGGUUCCAGAAAGGAGGCCAGGCUCUGAGUGGGCAAAUCCACGAGGUGUGCUGGUAGCAGUGUGCUGGUGUCGCUUGUAAACUCGACCGGAAGAGUUGUUGGUAGUGGUGCCUUCUUUUUACAUAUUAGCUAGCCAAUAUGAACAGUGCAGUAGCACUGCCUGAGGGAAUUAAAUCCAACAGCUUCCCUCUGCCUCAUGCAACAGCCUCCACACUACUGUAAAACCUUUCAGUGAUACCUCUCGUGUGGGAGCUGUGCCCAAAAAAGCCUCAGGUUUCAUAGGGAGAAAAACUAGAGAGACAAGCAUGCUGGGAGGGAGAAAAAUCAAAGAAAAGUACAUUGCUCUCAGAGACUAAGGCACAGCUGAAUGGCAAGAGGAUGCCUCUCUGUCCAGUACUUUCUCUUAAUGGUGAAUCCGUAUUUUAUAUUAUCCAGUUUCUGUGUAAAACACAAAAGCUAUGGAACUGAACCAACACCAGGCCUCUGUUCAGAGUUUGACUUGCAAUUUAAGGCACCUAACGCCUUAUACAAUAGACUAGGAGCCACUCUCAGUUAUUAGGAAAAAAAAAUCCUAUAUAAUGAUAACAUGCAGUAUAUGAGAGUUUAAAAAGGGCGGGGGGGGGGGGGGAAGGAAAGAGCAAGGAUGUGGAGAUGUUUGUGUGCAAAAGCAAACUGGUCUUCAGUACAGCCUGUAUCACAAUAAUAUGGUUUCUGGAUUUCUAAGACUGCAGAAGUGUUUAUUUUACAGAAUAUGCAUCUGAGGUGGCCUUAUAGGCGCAAACUUUGUACUAGAAAAGCCCAGUACAUCCAGGAGCCUGUUUUCUCCAGGCUCAAAAUUACCUAAACUAACUAUACAGCUGCUGGGGGCACUGGGCAUGCUGCUUUCUUGCACUGUGUUUGGUUUGGUAGGGUUCAGUGGGCAGUUUUGUUUUGAAGGUGAGCUGGUGUGAGGGAGGGGGAGGGAAAAAAAAAAAAAAAAAAAAAAAGACAACUCCUCUUUUUUACCUAAGCAAACCCCCAAAAGCCUGUUUUUUUAUGCAAAGAAGCUGUGUGGGUGCGUGCGUGCAUGUUAUGAUACAUUGCCAGAUUGUUUCUGGUCAGCUGUUCGUGAGGAGAAAAGGUGUCUCCACCUCAAUUGCCUAAAUAUGCUGCAAGACUGUCUGAGCAUGUUACAUGGUCCACAAACUGUUGUUUAUUUACAAGCUUGCUGGAGCCACCAUCUAACUUGUUCAAUUCAUUAUUCAAAUGUUUUAGUUUGCAUUUGUGGUGGUUUUUUUUUUAACUUGCUUACUGCCUCCCCUGGCCUGAUACUUGACAUAAAAGACCUCAACCUGUGUGCUUAUUGUCUUUUGGUACCUUCCCCCCCCCCCUUUUUAAAUUGCAUUUGAAACUAUACUAUCUGUCUUUUUUUUUUUUUUUCCUUUCCUUAAAGGAAUAACUUUUUUUGGUUUAAAGGUACCAAAAAAAAUGUGUAAAUAAAUUGCUCCACCCAGUUGGGCAGCUGGUGGAAUAAAAGAAUUAAUGCUUAGGCUAGUACCCUUUGGGGGGGAAAAAAGGGUACUAUAUUUAAACAGGAUUAUCUUUUAUAAGGAGUUUUCAGAAAUUUUUACAUUUCAGUUCUAAGAUGUGUAUAGAUGCUGCAGAUGGUCUUUGUAUUUUAUAUUAUAUUAUAUGGGGGGGGGAAUUGAGGGGGAAGGGCAGAGAAAUACUAUGCCUUUAAAAUAAACAAAAACCUGUCUAAAUAUCUAUUUGCCAAACAGAUUUUAAAAUGUCCAGUUCAGAAAUGAGAGUUAGACAAGCAAAGGCUGAGCUGGUGGUAAGCCUGGGGUGGGGGCUGGUGGGGGGAGGAACAGGGACACUGGUAACUCAUGGGCAAGGGGUGUGGGGAGGAAGGGGCCUGUCUGUAUUUCUCUAAAAAAAGUAGACUAGGUUCUGCUUCCUUGUGGUCGUACGGUCCUUGCCUUCCGAGCAAUUUUGGCAACUACUGCGUGCAUGCAUGUGCGUGUGUACUUUCUCUUCCCCUUGAACAAGUAAGUUAAACAGCUUACAUUUUUGAAUUUACUUUUAAAACAAAGGUACUAAAAAUUUAAAGUAGUUGUUCUCUACACAGUUGCCUUAUUGUCAGUAAGUACUACUCCAAACAUCUUUGAUAGCUUUCAAAAAUAAUUUUUAAGGUGUCAGUACAUCGCUUUAACUUCCCUUUACAGGGUGCAGACAUGCAUAUAUACACACUUGUGUGUGUGCGCGCGCGCGCACACACACACACACACACACACACACACAGAAACUCUUUCUCUCUAACACAUUUUAAAUUUCUGUUCACCAUUUUCAAACAAGAUACUGUUAAUGCCAUUUUGAUGUUGCAGAAGUACAGAAACUAUAAAGAAGCUUAUCUUUUUUUAGGCUGUUUCUAGAAAAACGUGCACUAUUUUGGCUGUUACUGGCUGUUAUAAUCAUGACUUUUCUACUACACUGUAAACUGGGGGGGGAGGGGGGAGGGGGGGGGCAUGAAAUGCUGGUUCAUACUGUUAAAGUGUACCUCCACUGUUACUAGUUCCUACAAGGUAGAGGUUACUGUAGACUUACUUAGUAAUCAUGGUAGUACAAUUUUAUUCACCAUUUACUGCCAUGUAUCAAAGAAAUGUCUUUCAUUCCAGAAAUGCAUUGAAAAAAAUGUGUUUGUGAGUAUAUGAAUACCCAGGCCUGCAAGUGUGUUUAAUGUGCAUCUGCCUGCAAUACCACUUUGAUAUUAACUAACUGCCUUGUAUUUUUAAUGAAGAUGUAGCAGGUGGGCAAAGGUUUUGGCUUAUUGUCAUACAGAAAGAAACAUUAAAACCAAAAAAUUUCUAACAAAUUCAGUUAAGCAAAGGAUGAAAUCCUAAAUUUGCCUACAGUGUAAGAGACAGAAAUCUGUCCAUUGAAUUUCUUUAGGCAGUAGAUUUCUAAUGCUGUUGCUGCAAUGGUUUAGAGUUCACUACUUCAACUGAAACUAAAACCUUUGUGCCUGAUAAUGAUUUAUUGAGUAAAGUAGCAGUGCCAGGAAGAAUAUAAAAUCCUGAUGCCGAGUUGUGAAUGUGAAGUAAAUUAGACUAAAUAAAAGUUCAUACCUUUCCACAGAGAA